AGCAGGAACAAGAGUUUAUCCAUCUAUAGUACUGGAUUCAGGGGACUCUGGGGCUCUCUCUUCCCCACCUUCUGACUGAAUCAAGGCAAUCCCUCUCAAAUUGAAACAAAGUGCGACAUUUUCUCACCUUAAAGAUGAGUUGCCCGAUGAAUGGUAUCCAUAGCAACUUCCUACAUGAUGAAGGGACCUUCAUGUUCACUUCAGAGUCAGUGGGCGAGGGGCAUCCUGAUAAAAUCUGUGACCAGAUCAGUGAUGCUGUGCUGGAUGCCCACCUGCUGCAGGACCCCGAUGCCAAGGUUGCGUGUGAGACGGUCUGCAAGACUGGAAUGGUGCUGUUAUGUGGUGAGAUCACCUCACGGGCGAUUGUUGAUUACCAGAGAGUGGUAAGGAACACAAUCCAGUACAUCGGAUAUGAUAAUUGUUCCAAAGGUUUUGACUACAAGACUUGCAAUGUGCUGGUAGCAUUGGAGCAGCAGUCUCCGGACAUCGCGCAGGGAGUCCAUCUGGACAGAGAUGAGGAAGACAUAGGUGCUGGAGACCAGGGCCUGAUGUUCGGUUAUGCCACGGAUGAGACAGAAGAGAGCAUGCCGCUGACAAUUGUACUUGCUCACCAGCUCAACGCUCGCAUGGCCGAGCUGCGACGUGACCACACCCUCCCCUGGCUCCGACCCGACUCCAAAACCCAGGUGACGGUGCAGUACAGCCAGGAGAACGGGAUGGUCGUCCCUACCCGCGUGCACACCAUCGUCAUCUCUGUGCAGCACGACGAAGACAUAGGGCUGGAUGAAAUGCGCAAGGCCCUGAAGGAGAAGGUUAUCGAUACCGUGGUCCCCAAAAAGUACCUGGAUGACAACACCGUGUAUCACCUCCAGCCCAGCGGGCGAUUCGUGAUUGGAGGACCUCAGGGUGAUGCUGGAGUCACUGGCCGGAAGAUCAUUGUGGACACGUAUGGGGGAUGGGGAGCUCACGGUGGUGGAGCUUUCUCGGGCAAGGACUACACCAAGGUUGAUCGAUCUGCUGCUUAUGCUGCUCGCUGGGUAGCUAAGUCCCUAGUGAAAGCCGGUCUGUGCAAACGUGUCCUAGUACAGGUUGCCUACGCCAUUGGUGUUGCUGAGCCGCUCUCCAUCUCCAUCUUUUCAUACGGGACUUCUCAGAUGGGAGACAGAGCGCUGAUGGAAAUCGUGAGGAAGAACUUCGACCUUCGACCCGGUGUGAUUGUCAGGGACCUAAACCUGAAGACAGCAAUCUACCAAAAAACCGCCUGCUAUGGACAUUUUGGCAGGAAUGAAUUCCCAUGGGAAGUGGCCAAGAAGCUAAACUACUAACCAUACCAGCCUGGUCCCAGAUUUGCUGCUGUUUACACCAAUGAACUCACAAAUGGCUCCUCGCUCUGGGAUUCUAUUUCAAAUUGUCUGCUACCGGUAGUUAUAUGAGCUAGGUUCAGAUACUUAAUUACAGAUGGGACCAACCACAAAAACAUUACAAUAGUAAGAAGCUUUAACUAGCUUAAUGUUGACUUGUUAGAGAAGAGUUGUUUCUCCUUCCCUGGGAGCUUCCAUCCACUGUCUGGCACUUGAUUUUGGAGAGGAAAUACUUUCACUUAAAUGAAUUAUAACUUCCUAAUUGUGGUGGAGGAAGCCAUCAGCUGAAUGCCAUGAUCUGCUUGAUUGUUUCACAAGUCAUGGUUACCAUCUGGGUAACAAAGACCACACCAAACUGGGCCACAAAUGAACAAAAUUCAGGGUGUUAAUAACCUGCUUAAGUUGCCUGAAGCAUUAACAGCUCAGACAGUCUGUCAUUUCAGUUCUGUUCUCCUUCCUUCCCUACUGCAAGGGAACACUGUAAAUGGCACAGAUGCACAUUGAAAAUUGUCAACUGAUACAAGGGUGUGGCUGGAGUUAAUGCCCAGGAGCUCCAAGUAAAAGUAAUUUUAUUUAAAAAAAAUAUAAUCUGAUAUAAACCUUAAAAAUCAACAGUUCAAAGUCCCUGAAUCCACAUGGUUUCUGAAAAAACUCCCCACUUUACUCUGACAAAGAAAUAGCACGUUAAGAGUAGGCUGUUGCUCAGUGAAUCGGUACCAGUCUUACCUCCAAAUCAUUCCAGUGAUUUCAACACAAAAAUAUAAAUGCCUUUGUGUAAAGAUGGAAGUGCCAUACAGUCACAGGUGAGUACUUCUUUCCAAUGAGAUGUUAAUCUGAAGUUGUGUCUGCUCUCUCAAGUGCUCUUGGCCAGUUCUUAUUUCUCAAUCAAAGCCACACAAAUAGAUUAUCUAGUCUUAAUCAGAUUGUCAUAUAUGGAAACUUGAAGUGCCCAAAUUGGCUGUGGAUUCCCUUCAAUACAAUAAUAACUACAUUUCAAAAGUAUUUAUUUGGCUAUAAAGCACUUUGGGGCAUUUUUUUACUGUUAAUCCUAGUGUGUCUUUAAACCUCAGCAGUGUCCGGACGCUGCUGAGGUUUAAAGACACACUAGGAUUAACAUUAAAAAACCUGGAGGAUAAUGUACUAACGCUCUGUGAUGAUGUGGUGUGAAGCAGGAACUUAACCAGGGAGAGCCAGGCAGCUAAUGCAAUUUUCCAGAAUGAAUGGGAAAUCAAGCCAUCCACACUGAUGCCAGUGUCCCAAAUCCCAGUGCACAUUCCCAUCGCACAACAUUUUGUGUCAGGAGUGCUCCUUGUGUAACCUAUAUUUUCUUAAAACUUCUCUUUCGCACCAAAACAAGCCAUGAAUUAUGUUUGUUGCUUGUAAUCCAGACCAGCAGGUGAUGCAUAUUAAUUCUUACUGUUUGCGCUAAACUAUGGAAGUAAAGCUGAAGCGUGACUCUGGGAAGUCAGACCCA